CGAGUUAUAGUAGCAUCAUAGAUAAAUGCGCAAAAUAUUGUACUUAUUUUAUUAUUCCGGUAAAGCUGGUAAAUAUAAAUUGAACGGAAGCAUUAACAGGUGUCAGUUAUGCGAGUAAUGGAAUUUUUUAUUCCACGCUGUUAGCUAUAGGAUAAAUUAUGAUUGUUCAACCAGUAUUAUCCCGUUUUCUUAAAUUCAUCAGGCACUAGAAAUGUUAUAUAAACGUUUUGUAAUAGCGCGUCAGUUAUUUAGAAGCAAACAAAUUAUUCAGGCUUUGUGUCCAUGAAUAAUUUUUCCCUCGCUAAUUAGGAAAAAUUUUAAAAUGAAGUUUUCGAUUGCUUUGUUGUCAUUGUUUGUUGUUGGUAGCCUGGGACUAGGUGCACCUUUUGGACCUAUGGCGCCAAUACCAGCUCAAGUAAAAAAAAGUUAUGGUUUGUCAUGGGACCAACUGAAUAAAGUGUGCGAUAAAAAUUCCAAAGGACCUGCUUUAUUUAAAGAAAUUAUUGGUCUAAACUCAGACUCUGGCCAAGCUACUUUUAAUGUUGGAAAUGAUAUAUUUGAUCAAGCCAGAGAAAAGUCUAAUGUCAAUGAAGCAGAUUGGAAGAAGUGGAUUCAAGAAAAAUGUCUUUCAAAUGAUACUUUAAAAAAAGUUUCAAAAUCUGUGAUCGAUAAAGUUCAGGAAUGUGUGGAUCCGAAAAAUAAAUUGAGCAACAGCAAGAAGUUAUCAGCUCAAGGAGAUUUGCUUCAAUUAAUUUGUAAAGAGGUGUUAGCUGUAGCUCAAGUCGACUAUUAUCCAGAAGUGGCACCAAAACCUGGAAAGUCUAAAAUGUAACGGAUGGAACCAUUAGCUGCAGGAAAAGAUUAAUUAUAGACGAUGAAUGAUUCUGUAUGUAUUUUCCGAACACCCAGUUCGAAUUCCAUCAAUUUCAAAUAAAGCGAAAUUAUGACGAAAAA